AAAUUGACUGGACCAAUUGAACUUAUAGGAAACAGAUCACAUAUAUUAAGCAUAGAAUCUCCAUAUUGAUUAAUUAACUAAUUUAGGAAGAUAUCAAUCUACUACCUUAAAGUAUUCAUUCAGCUACAAGAACAGACGAUUGUAUAGUCAUGUCGAUUCAACAAACAUAUAAGAAAAUGCAAACCCGUAAACGAAGGUGAUAGCAAGAAACACAAGCAAUGAAAUCUCCAACAAUCCAAACCCUAAUCAUCUCUGUUUUUCUCUUUACAAUCCAAACAUCAUUGGCAUCACCACCAACACUUGGAAGCGUUUUCACCCAAUGCAUCAUCGGUUUGAAACCCUCAAAUCCAUGUUCCCCGAUUCAAAACUUCACAUACACUCCACAAAACCCUAAGUUCCUCAUAAUCCUCAAUAACUACGUCCGUAACCUCCGUUACUUCAACAACACGACACGUAAGCCUAUCGCUAUUGUAGCUGCAGCCGAUGUUACUCACAUUCAGGCUACGAUCACCUGCGCUAAGAAACUCAGCCUCCAGCUCAGGAUCCGCAGUGGAGGCCACGACUAUGAUGGAUUGUCGUAUCUAUCAACAGUAGAUUUCGUUGUCCUAGACAUGUUCAACCUCCGGUCUAUCGAGUUUGGUCGUAAACUUGACACCGCGUGGGUCCAAUCCGGUGCUACGCUUGGAGAGAUCUACUACGGAGUCGCCAAUAAAAGCAACGAUCUGCGUGGAUUUCCUGCCGGAAUCUGCCCCGGUUUAGGCGCUGGUGGACAUUUUAGCGGUGGUGGUUAUGGAAACAUGAUGAGAAGAUACGGUUUAUCGAUUGAUAACAUUAUAGACGCUAAGAUCGUUGAUGCUAAGGGAAGAGUCUUGGACCGGACCUCAAUGGGAGAAGAUCUUUUCUGGGCCUUACGUGGAGGUGGAGCUGCUAGUUUCUGUGUUGUCUUAGCCUGGAAGAUCAAGCUUGUUCCGGUGCCAGAGAAGGUCACAGUCUUUAACGUAGAAGCUGUCGGAAAGAGAGGUGGCGUGAACACCAAGGAACUUGUAGUGAAAUGGCAAGAGAUCGCAGACAAGAUUGACAAUAGUUUGUUCAUACGAUUAACUUUAAGCACAAGCAACAAAACUGUGAAGGCUUCUUUCAUGGGAAUGUUCCUCGGAGAUUCGUCAAGGCUUCUAGAGAUCAUGACCAAGGAGUUCCCGGAGCUUGGUCUGAACAAAACAGAAUGCAUAGAAAUGAAAUGGAUCGAAUCGGUUCUGUUCUGGCUCAGUAUCCCACCCGGUACAGCACCAACAUCGGUUAUGCUAAACCGGAUCCCGCAAAAGCAAAUCUACCUCAAGAGAAAGUCUGAUUACGUCCAAAAACCGAUAUCAAGAACCGGUUUAGAUGCGAUAUUCAAGGUCCUGUUAGAGAACGAGAACGUGACAAUGGCUUGGAACCCGUACGGAGGGAGGAUGAGCGAGAUUCCAUCGACCGAGACAGCGUUUCCGCAUCGAGCAGGCAACAAGUUCAAGAUCCAGUACGCGGCAAACUGGUUUGUGCCAGGGGAAGAAGUGGCUAAAGAAUGCAUGAGCCAGACGGAGAGAGUUUUCGAAGCAAUGACCCCUUACGUGUCAAAGAACCCAAGAGAGGCGUUUUUGAACUAUAGAGACGUAGACAUUGGCACGAGCUUGAAUUCGACGUACGAGGAAGGGAAAGUGUAUGGGGUGAAGUAUUUUAAGAACAACUUCGAGAGAUUGGUUAGUGUUAAGAGCAGAGUUGAUCCAGACAACUUUUUCCGUUACGAACAGAGCAUUCCUGUGCCCUCAAGCCACUAGGGUCUAGAGAGUAGAGACGAGACAUAUAUGCUCUUUGCUUCCUUAUUGAAUUUUUUUACAAAAGUUAUAUUUUAAUAAUAAAAUUAACAAUCGAAUCGUUUGAUGUCAAACGGAAAGAGUUUGAGCUCUGUGCAUGUCUUUAUUGGAUUCAGGCCUUAUACCUAUGAUUUGAAUUAGAUGAUGAAAGAUUUGUUGAAACUC